AUAAUAAAGAAAAAGAAAAAAAUAAGACGGAGGAGAAAAUUCAGUUUUGGGUCACAGCAUUGGCAUCUCCCAAAUCCAUACCGCAAAUUGAAAGCUCCACCACUCCCUCCUGGCUCCCCCUCCCUUGCCGGUCCCCUCCACAUCCAUCUCCGCUCAACCAUAUACCCCCUACACCUCGAACUCAGAUUCCUAAUCCUCAAUAUCCAACCUUAACCUGAACCUGCGGCGGAGCCACCGCCAUGAGGCUUGUAGUGCCUCUGCAAGGCGUAGUCCAAGGCCGUGGAGGUCUCCUUUUAGGCUCUCUCAUUCCCUGUGCUCUCUUCUACUUCCUCCAACUUUAUCUCAAGCGAAACCGUUCGCCCAACUCCGAUUCUUCCUCGAAUCCUCCGUCCCAUUCUCACUCUUCUACUAACCUCGUCGACCUCCACCGCUCCUCCUCCCGCUCCAAUUUACUGGCUCGUGGAUCCACUGGACGACCUCGCCUUUCUUCUCGAGCCAGUUUUAUUGCUAAACCCAAUAACUCUCCCUACUAUAUUGGAUUGGAUCGCGUUCGGGAGGAUCCUUACGAUAGGUUGGAUAAUCCGAAUGGGAUUAUUCAGCUUGGCUUGUCCGAGAACAGGCUGUGCUUUGAUUUGCUUGAGAAAUGGAUAUCGGAGAAUUAUACUGGUUCCAUAAAUGGAGGCAAUAGCGUUGAGUUGAAUAUUACGGGGAUAGCCACUUAUCAGCCUUUCGAUGGAUUGUGGGAGCUUAAAAUGGCUAUGGCAGGUUUCAUGUCUCAGGUAAUGGGUGGUGGAGUUGCUUUUGAUCCAUCACACUUAUUGUUAACAUCUGGUGCAACUGCCGCAGUUGAGGUACUCUGUUUCUGCUUAGCGGACCCUGGAAAUGCAUUUCUUGUCCCAACUCCUUAUUAUCCUGGCUUUGAUAGAGAUAUGAAGUGGAGAACUGGAGUGGAUUUAAUACCGGUUCACUGUCGCAGUGCUGACAACUUUAAUUUGAACAUCACCGUUCUCGAGCAGGCAUUCAACCAAGCCAGGAAACGAGGAGUCAAAGUUCGUGGAAUUCUCCUAUCUAAUCCUGCAAAUCCUGUUGGCAACAUGUUGCCCCGAGAAAUGCUAUACAGUAUUUUGGAUUUUGCUCAAGAGAAGAACAUCCAUGUUGUAUCUGAUGAGAUAUUUGCAGGGUCAGUUUAUGGAAACGAUGAGUUUGUGAGCAUGGCUGAAAUUAUUGAUUCAGAAGAUAUUGACAAGAAUAGAGUUCAUAUUGUGUAUGGGCUGUCAAAAGACCUCUCUCUUCCUGGCUUUAGAGUUGGUGUUAUCUAUUCACAAAAUGAAAAUGUUUUGGCUGCUGCUAGGAAAAUGACAAGAUUUUGCCCGAUUUCCGCUCCAACCCAGCGGCUUGUAACCUUGAUGCUUUCAGACAGAACCUUUAUCAAUGAAUACUUGGAGACGAGCAAAAAGCGAAUUCGUGAGAUGUAUGUUCUUUUUGUGGCUGGUCUGAAACAGUUGGGAAUUAAGUGUGCAAAGAGCAGUGCUGGUUUUUUCUGUUGGGUUGAUAUGAGUGGACUGAUGAAUUCUUAUAGCGAGAAGGGGGAGCUUGAAUUAUGGGAGAAGCUGCUCAAUGUAGCUAAAAUUAAUGCAACUCCUGGAUCUGCUUGUCAUUGCAUAGAACCCGGAUGGUUUAGAUGUUGUUUUACUACGCUUUCUCGAGAAGAUUUAUUGAUAGUUAUUGAAAGGAUUAAAAAAAUUGCUGGUACUUCCAAGUCUCCCAGCUGAGUUCUCAUUUUGGAAGCAGAAGUUUGAAGGACCAAAUUUCUUUCAGGUUCUGUUUCGAGAGCCUAAACUAAUAUCACUGAUUUGUUCAAUUUGUGCGUCUUUUAUUCCAAUUCUCUUGCCCAGGAAAUGUUUGAUGAUGUUAGUUCGGUGGAAGUUGCAAUGUUGUUUGAAAUGUUGAGUGCCAAGAACUUGGAAAGUUGAGGCAUACCCUCCAUGAUUGAACGGAGUAAGGUGAAAAACACCCAUAAAAUGUCUUUUCUUCCUGAUCUUUGAGUCAUGGCUUGUGUUCUCCUCUGCAUUUCUUCUAACAGUUUCCUGCUAGGCUCGUUUUGCAUGACAUACUUGAGAUGCCUUUUUAAAUACCAAUGACAGGAUUUGAUUUCGCUUUUGAUGGGAGCAAACAAGCUCCACUUUAUAGCUUCCCAUAAAGAAAGCCAGAAACUGAGUUGAAAUAUUGAAGAACAAAAGCUGCUGCUCUCUUCCAAUUUGGUUUAAACAUGGGGAUAGGACAUCUGUGUUUGAUUUUGAUUAUAACCAUUAGACUACAGAAAUUGUAGUUAGUUGGCAGUAAUGUUUUGUUGCUAGUUGGGAUGGACAGAUUUAGUCUCUUCUUUUAGUUGCAAAUUUUAUUCUUUUUCUUAACCAUGAUGUAUUCUUUCUAAUGUAGGAUUCUGGGGGUAGGAUAAUUCAUAUGGUAUUGUAAUUAUUUCAAGUUGCAACUUUGUUUUUUUUUCUAAUAAAUAUUUCAUUGGUAGAUGAAA